CGUUCCUUCGCUUCUUACCAUCAACCCUAAUUGCCAAGAGUAGACUGCCCAGUCCUCAAGGCCAUCUUGCCCUCAUAGCGCAUCACAUCAUAUCACGCCACUGCCUCACCCUCAUCUCGCUGCAAUGGCCACGCAAGUCCAUCACCUCUCCAUCUCGCCUCUGACGGCUCACGCCUUCAACGCGGAUCGCUCCAAAGUGGCCGUCUCCCCGAACAGCAACGAAGUCCACAUCUACGCCUCCUCUGCCAACGGCUGGACACUUGAGCACGUCCUCAACGAGCACGACAAGCUCGUCACUGGCAUCGACUGGGCUCCUCAGUCCAAUCGCCUCGUCACCUGCUCGCAGGACCGAAAUGCCUACGUCUGGACGCUCCAGGCCGAUGAGACGGGCAAGUCCAUCUGGAAGCCUACCCUCGUUCUGCUCCGCCUGAACAGAGGUGCAACAUUUGUGCGCUGGUCCCCCAACGAGGACAAGUUCGCUGUCGCCUCAGGCGCACGCAUCAUCUCCAUCUGCUCCUUCGAGAGCGACAAUGAUUGGUGGGUGGCCAAGCACAUCAAGAAGCCUCUCCGCUCUACUGUCCUCUCCGUCGACUGGCACCCGAACAAUGUCCUCCUCGCAGCAGGUUGCGCCGACAUGCGAGCGAGAGUCUUCUCCGCCUUCAUCAAAGGCGUCGAUGCCCGACCUGCCCCCUCCGUCUGGGGUGAGCGACUCCCCUUUGGCACUCUCUGUGGCGAGUUCGCAUCUCCCGCAGGUGGAUGGGUCCAUGCAGUGGGAUUCAGCCCCAGCGGUGACUCCCUCGCCUUUGCGGGGCACGAUUCGAGCCUCACAAUUGUCUACCCCUCUGGACCCGAAGCGCCUCCUCACGCCACACACGUACUGCGCUCCCCAACCUUGCCGCACGUCGCACUGCAGUGGGUCUCGGAGGAGAGCCUAGUAGCGGCAGGGCACGACUGCCAGCCCAUCUUGUUCAGCGGUUCGGCAGAGCAAGGCUGGAAAGUGGACAAGACCCUCGACUCGGCUGCGGCUGCCAAUGGUGGUGGUGGUGGUGGGAGCGGGAUUGCGGGCAAGGCACCUCCCCCGCCUCCGCCCGUUGGGGCCAAGCCUGCUGGGCUGGCAGGUGGACCAGGCAGAUUGAGCGGCGAAGCUUUCAAUCGAUUCAAGGCGGCAGAUGUGCGUGGUCAGUCGGCCUCCGCUGGUCUCCCCUCCAACAGCGAUGGAGCCUCCACUCCCUCUGGCGGGUCGGGUUCGUCCGUUCUCAACCAUCUCGGUGGGAUUGCAGGUGCCUCUGUUGGGGCAGAUGGAGAACUGCACACCACCCACCAGAAUACCAUUACCUCCGUCAGGGCUUACAGCGGGGGAGCAGCGAGCGGUGGACCGGUUACAGCGGUGAGCACUUCGGGCGUCGAUGGGCGACUGUGCGUGUUCGAUGUGGGGAAGGGGGCCGCGCUAGGGAGCGUAGUCAAGGGAGUGGAGAGUAUGAGGGUCUAAGCUGGGGAAGAGCUUGUGAGUGGGAAGGCGUAGGGGAGUGUUCAAUGGAAUACGAUAAGCUUCACGAGAUGACGACUUCGCAGUGUGACACUGGGAGAAGCGCGCCUACGAUCCAGCACCUAGCAGGCACGGCUUUGCGCUGCCCACCUGACGCACAGCCAGACCACGGGAAAAAAGCGGCGAUC